AUGCUCCACCUCAUCCACCUCGCCCUCCUCCUCGUCUCCCUCUCUUUCGCGGCAGCCCGCCGCGUCCACCCAACCAACAACACGGCCUGGUGUAUCCACGCCCUCGCCGUCACUCCCCGCAGCGGGACCCAGCUCGGCGUAGAGGGCUGCACUGGCACGUUCCGGCAAGAGUGGAACUUUUUCGGCUCGAGUUCCAUCCUCCAGCUCAAGGGAACCAACUUGUGCGCAGCCCCGUCCGCCAAGCGGAACGGCGCCCGCGUGUACCUCCGUGACUGCCCGAGAGACCGCGGACAAUGGGGCGAGAUCAUGUGGCAUCCCGCCGGCGGAUUGCGUUUAAGCUAUGACAAUACCAACUUCUGCCUCGAUAAUGAGAAUGGGCGGCUGGGGAUGCAUAAUCCCGUCCAGAUCUGGGAUUGUUACGACGGGGGAGCGGCUCAGACGUGGGGCUUUACUGGUGAGAAUGGACCGACGCCGCCCUGGCAGGCGUAG